GUGUCAAAAGGGUUAAAGAGAGCCUCAAAAUAUUUCUCCCACCACCCAACAAUAUCAUCAGUUGAAGUUAAACAGUGAUGAUUCACACACACGAGUGAGGCCGUAGCUCUUGGGACGGACUGUAGAGCUGAUCAUACGCUGGCUGAGACCCUCAAUUGCAGCAAAGCAAAAUGUCUAGAACAGCAGGGAAGCGGAGCAGCGAUGGUCUGACCUCCAUAGUCACCUGAACUCAUUUCUGCGGAUGUGACACCUCCACCAGGGGCGCUGUCGCCAGUUCUUCCCGCGGUGUCUAAAUAAGGAAAUGACGUCAGAGUGCACGGUUUUGGAUGAGCUCCUGAAAUGGAAGCGUGAGUCCCGGGGUGAGGGCAGCCGGCCUGGGGGAGACGACAGCGACCACGCCGCAAACGCUCGUGGAAGCGGACCGGGACGUGGACUGAAGGAUGGGGGACAAAGCAGAGGAUGAAACCAGCUUCUACUCCAACGCUGAGGGCUACUGGAGGGACGUCCCCCCCACGGUGGACGGCAUGCUGGGGGGCUACGGCAGCAUCUCCAGCAUUGACAUCAACGGAUCAAAGGCUUUCCUCAACAAAUUCCUUGGUGAGGGAGAGGGGAAGACCGGCUGCAGCUGUGCUCUGGACUGUGGAGCGGGAAUCGGCAGGAUCACCAAGCGGUUGUUGCUUCCUCUCUUCAGUACGGUGGACCUGGUGGACGUCACCCAGGAGUUCCUGGACAAAGCCAAGCACUAUCUGGGCACGGAGGGCCGAAGAGUGGAGAACUAUUUCUGCUGUGGCCUGCAGGACUUUGAACCCAUGAGUGGACGCUAUGACAUCAUCUGGAUCCAGUGGGUUAUUGGUCACCUGACCGACAGCCACCUGGUGCAGUUCCUGCGCCGCUGCCAGAAGGGCCUGAGACCCAACGGCCUGAUCGUCAUCAAAGACAACGUGUCCUUCGAGGGCGUGGUCCCAGACGAGGUGGACAGCAGUGUGUGCCGGGACUUGGAAAUAGUCCGCAGUCUAGUUCACAGAGCCGGCCUUCAGAUCGUCCACGAAGAGCAGCAAAUGAACUUCCCCCAGGAGAUCUACCAGGUGCACACCCUGGCUCUCAGAUAGACGGAGACGGCUUUUCUCUGCCAACAACGUGCCUGAUGAGCGCCUGCUGCAGCCGUACCAGGAAAAAAGCUGCAGGCGUCUCUACAGAACCUGAGGACACGACGUCCUGCAGUAGAACCAUCGACACGUCCUGCUCUACUGUUGGGACUGACAGCCAAAGGAUGCGUUCACAGACAUUCAGGACACGUGCAUGCUGGGAGUUGCAGGAAUGACUCUGUGGACGCUCUUUCACACUUUGAAUGUUCCUCCUCUGGUUCUUCUGGUAGAGCAGACCUCUUCCUGUCACUCCAGCUUUGUUACUCACAUUAAAGCCAAUAGAGGCUCAGCAGAGA